UCAUAAUGGCGGGGGAACAAAGCACCAGACGUGGCGUUGUGGGACCUCCUUACUGUACCCCCUAAAUCGCCGCUGGCACUGUCAGCUGCUCAUCCACUGGAUGACAUUAGUGUGAGCAGCACAUCCCCUGAGGUAGGGAUGCGUAAGGUGGGAACGGGCCGUGGCCGCCGCACCAGCAGAACAAGCACUGCUACUAGUAGCACCAUCAGCGCCGGGUUGCGGUGGGAGUUGGGCGUGGCCCUUGAAAAACCUAUGGCUGAUGACCCCGAAUCAGAUUUGAACGGGGCCCCCACUAGUACCGCCGGUACUACUCUUACUACUAAUACUACCUCUAGUAAACGGGCGGCCCCGCGGGAAGGGAGGGACGCGCCGGGAAGCAUGUCGGCGGCGGUGUCAGUAGGCAGUGACGGCUUGCGCAAGGGGCCAUGGACGGCCGAGGAGGACGAGCUGCUGUGGCAGCACGUGCGACAGUACGGCGAGGGCAACUGGAAUCUGGUGCAGCAGAACACGGGGCUGGCUCGGUGCGGCAAGAGCUGCCGGCUGCGGUGGGCGAACCAGCUGCGGCCGAACCUGAAGAAGGGCGGCAUUUCCCCGGAAGAGGAGCGCAUGGUCGUGCGGCUACAGCAGCAGUACGGCAACAAGUGGGCUCGCAUCGCCUCGCACCUGCCAGGUCGCACGGACAACGAGAUCAAGAACUUUUGGAACACGUGGCUGAAGAGGAGGAGCAGAGCCAGCAUCUUCUCGAUACUGCCCUCCUCGCCCCACCCGCCACCGUCACUACCAGCACCAGCACCAGCACCUUCAUUAAUUUCAUCACCACCAGCACCAGCAGCAGCAGCACCAGCACCAGCACCAGCAGCACCAGCAGCAGGAGGAGCGAUGACAGCACCCCCUGCUGUAGGUGUGUCGCCCCUUGCGACAUUCCCAUUCCCGGCCUUGCAUUCCGCUGGGGAACCAACCCUGGCAUUCCAAGGGAAGGAUUGUGGGGCGCAACAGGGUAUUACUGGGGCUGCUACUACUCCUGGCGGCAGCAUGGCUGUUGACCCGAGGAGCAGUCUUUCUACUGAAUCUGGUUUUGGAUCCGGACCCGCAGCAAUCCUGUCCGCUCUUAUUCCAGCCUUCUCAUCCUCCUCCUCUGCCGCUCCAACAUUCGCUCUGGUGUCUCUCCCUGCUGGCUCUGCUGUGGCCCGCCCAGUGCCUGUGCUGACUAGUGCUGCUCGUGGUGUGAGGCUCUGUGGUGCUCGUGAUGUGCUUCAUAGUGGAUCAGCCUGUUCUGGGGAUGGCGGAAUGGAAGACAGUGGGGCACUGGGCGGGGAGGGAUGGGUGGUGGGAGAGGGAGGGGAGGAAGGGAGUUGUGGAAGGGUGGUGGGGGGGAUGAGGGCACGUGCGCCGCAUGCACUAGGGCGGCAGCAGAGCCAAAUGUCAUGCAACGGCUAUGCCUACUUCCCUCUAGAGCAGCACCAGCAGCACCAGCAGCAGCAGCACCACCACCACCACCAUCACCAUCACCACCAGCAGCACCAGCAGCAGCAGCAGCACCACCACCACCACCACAAUCACCAGCACCAGCAACAGCAGCAGCAGCAGCAGCAGCAGCAGCAGCUACGAGAAUUCCAGUGGCACCCCAGUGCAGGCAGCAACGAGGGCACAUCCCCCCAGGGCCAGCACCAGGUGAUGCGGGGAGAGUGGCAGCAGCUGCUGCUGGCGAAUGGCGGUGACGAUCUGGAAGGGGGAGCGCAGGGGGUGGCGCCAGGGGGGGAGCAGUUGGGAGUGCAUGCCAGGGAGAAGAAGAGAGAGAGGCAACAUAUGAGGGAAAACGGCAUGGCCAUGGCCAUAGAUGGCGCAGGAGGGCAUGGCAUCAUAGUGAGCCAGCAGCAUGUGUUGCCAACGCUUCCCGCUCCCACACCCCGGCUAGAGGCGCCCGCCUCUGCUGCUGCUGGUGGGGGAAGGGAGGGUGGCGAAGGAGGAGAAGAAGGAGGAGGAAAAGAAGGAGGAGGUGAUGGUAUGGAAAAAGCAGUGGCGCCAGCAACGUUCGUGUGGGGAGUGCACUCACCUCUUGCAGCUCUGCUGCACCCACCUGAUCCCGCCUGCUCCGUGAUCCAGCCGCAGCAGCAACUCCAGCAACAACGGCACCAGCUGCAGCAGCAGCAGCUGCAGAGAAACCAAGACAAUCCGUUGGCUCGAUUGUUCCCUGGCGGCAGCACCAAAACGGACUCUGUGCUGCUAUUGGGCGGCAUCCCCAUGUGUGUGUAUGAAAGGUUAGGGACUGGGGUAAAAGCAGAAGCCCAGCAACUGCAGCAGCAACAGCAACAACAGCAGCUGCUGCUGCAGCAGCAGCAGCAGCAACAGCAACAGCAACAGCAACAGCAACACCAGCAACAGCAACAGCAACAGCAAAAGCAACAGAAACAGCAACAGCAACAGCAACAGCAACAGCAACAGCAACGGCAAAAACAGCGGCAGCUGCUGCAGCAGCAACUACAACAGCAACUGCAUCAGCAGCAGCAGCAACAGCAACAGCAACAGCAACAGCAGCAGCUGCAUCAGCAGCACCAGCAGCAGCACCAGCUACAGCAACAGCAGCAACAGCAACACCAAAAGCAACAUCAACAUCAACAGCAACCACAGCAGCAGCAGCAGCAGCAGCAACACCAAAAGAAACAUCAACAUCAACAGCAGCCAGAGCAGCAGCAGCAGCCAGUACAUGAGGUGGAGGUUGGAAUGGUGGUGUGGGGGAAAGGAGUCACAGCCGUGGCGGAGAGGUUGGAUAGUGUGCGGGUGGGUGAGAGGGAGAGCGGAUGGGUUGGUCAGACGGAUGGCGCUGCCGGGAGCAAUGGUAGAAGUUACCAGGGUGCGGCCAGUGCUGCUGGCAGUGUUCACGGUGGUGCUGCUGCCCAUGGUGCUGCUGAUGGUGGUGGUGGCGCUACUGGUGGUGGUGGUGGUGGUGGUGGCGCUACUGGUGGUGGUGGUGGUGGCGCUACUGGAGCCCCCAUGGGGGAAUGCGUGUACACAGAUCCAUCGGAUGGGGACUUCUGGAUGGAUGAGGCCAUGGAUGUGUGGCUGGAUGGUGCUGCUGGAGCUGCUGGUGGUGCUGGGGGGGGGAAUGUCUCCGGUGGUGGGUUGGAAGAGGUAGUGAUAGCAGCACAGGGGGGAGGGGGACACAGCGUUGUUGCAGCAGCUGCAGCCACUGUUGCUGCUGCUCCUGCUCCUGCUACUGCUACUGCUACUGCUACUGCUACUUCUGGACCGAGCAGUGGCUGUGGGGAUAGGCACCUCUACUCAACGCAUCUGGGGUUCUUGGAGCAUGUUCAACAUAAUGCAGCCACCGAUGCUGCUACCAGUCAGCCUGCUGGAGUUACCUGUGUCGACUACGCCGCAAGUGCUGCUGCUGCUGCUGCCACAAAUGGCUGUCACUUCCCACCCUACUCGCUGACCCACCCACACCCUGCCAAAUUCGGCUCUCCUAGCUUUCUUUCAGUCCCACAUGCAGAAGCAGGAGCAGAGGUGGGCUCAAUGUCAGCGGCAGCGGCGGCUGCAGAGAGAGGUGCAACAGCGACAGGUGCCGCAUGUGUAUUUUCGGAGCCUGUGGAUGCCUUUCUUGGCAGCCACUGGCAGCCUUUUGCACACGGUGCUGCCUUGGUCCCACCACCACUGCCGCAGCAGCAGCUAUCUGCAGGAACAGCAGGAGCAGGAGCAGCAGGAGCAGAGGAGCAGAAGAGGAAUUCACGAGAUGCAUUGGGCCGGCGGCAGUCCCUGCCACCGCUGACGCUGCACCAGCACCUCUCACGGCUAGCCUAUGGGAUGGGCUCCUUGCCUGACAUGAUGCACUCUGAGCUCCCCCCCCCUCACCACCCCCCUUCACCCUCUAUCCACCCUGCCCCGUUCUACCCUUCAAAUCUCCAUGGCGAAAUUCACUCCGGGCCUGCCGCUCUGCGUGCUUCACAGACGGGGAUUCAGGCACCUGCAGACCCAUCAGGAGCGCUCUGGAGGGGUGUGAUUAGCCACACGGCAUCUCUCCCAGAGUCCCCCUGUGGGAAUCGAAGCGAGCCAGCUCCGCCCUUGUUACACUUCUGGCAGUUGGGAUCUAGACCACAGAGCGGGCUUGCUUCUGCUGCUGCCGUUGCUGCUGCUGCAACGGCACCAGUACCAGGACCAGGACCAGCAGUGGUGGCAGCAUCUUCGCCAGAGCCGGCAAAUGCCUCUUCAGGAGCCGUGGACUGGAGAGAAAGGGGUCCUAUGAUGGACUCUCGUGCGGGAGCGAUGGAGUUUCAUACCCCGUGCAUGCUAUGGGAUAUAGAAUCACAGCUGAUAUCACAGACGCCUCAACUUGCACAUAUUGCAACUGGUCCGCCCGCCAAGGUAUUUGGGAAUGCCGGUGCCAACAAAACCUGCACAUCGACUUUUCCCCGUAGCCCAUUUAGUCGCUGAAAUAUAAAAAUUCACAUAUACUGUUAUAUCUACUAUAUGUCACAAUGCUAUUGGGUUGCGGAGCAACCUAUUGCAAUCGAUCGGGC